AUGGAAGAAAUAGAUAAGUCAUCUUCAGCUUCAGCAUCACCACGUUCAAUUCAUUCAUAUCAUCGUGGAAAUGGUACAUUACGUGGCGGUGGUAUACAGAAAGUAUAUCGUACUGGACCGACUUUUAAAGCAUAUAAACGAAAAUUGGAUCAUCGAUUGGGAUAUUGUAUUGUUGGUUGUUUGAUUACAAUUGCUAUCGUUUUGACAAUUUUUGGUUUAUUUCAUGAAACAGCACAUCAAGAAUUAACACAAUAUAUCGAAUCAACACGUCAAAUGAUCGUUAAUUCAAUACCAUCAACAAUAUCAACAAGUACCACUACUACUGCUACUACUACUGCUACUACUACUACUGUUACCGAUCUAUCAGAUGUUACAUUUAGCAGCAAGGAGGAAUUCUUAUUUGAUAAUGAUGAUAGUGAUUGGGUGAAUGAAAAUUUAUUUGAUAAUGAAACAGCAAUGUCAAUAGAUAUGAUGGCAGGAAUGGAUUUAGAAUAUCAUGGAGAAGAGCUGCAACAUGAUGAUGACAUACCGGAUGAGAAGAUGCUAAGCAUUCCGCUUGAUGAACCGGAUACUUGUUUUGGAUCCGAAGAUGUUGAUAAGGAUAAAUGUUUAGCAGUUAGCGAACUUGACGAAUAUCAUAAUAUAUUACUCAGAUCACAUAUAGCUCUAUGGAAUUUAACCACUGUAAAUAUUAUUGUUGCAAUAUUCCUUUCACCAUUUACAUUUAUGUUCAAUUCUGAAAUUGUUAAAAAUGGAUACUACAAAUUAUUUUAUCGUGUUGUUCUAUUUCUAGCGCUAUUCUUUAUGGCUGCACAACUAAUUGUGCUAAUUAAUCCAUUACUGUACAGUUCAUUUAUGUAUCCCACUAUCGUCGACAAACUUUUCAUUGAAAAACUUCCACGAGAGAAGAAAUUAACUAAUCGAGUGGAAUCUCGAUUUGGCUGCCAGUUUGAUUAUAUCAGCCAAUUGGUAGAACUUAACCUACAGGAACCAUGUAUUCCUCGGAUCAAAAAUGUAUUAUUAUUACCAUAUGCAGUAAUAUUAUUGAUUAUUAUUGAUUUUUUACCAUUUCUAUUCAUAGUUUUCACUUAUGCCUGGGAUAAAUGGCUUAAAGAUUCACCAUUUUGCAGUAUUGCUAGGAGCCGUAUCGAAUUAAAUAAUCAGCGAAG